GGCUGGUUUGUUGACAGGAAGCGUGUGCACCAGGACACUUCCACAAACUGCUGUGACACAAGUACAGUCCAAGAUAUCGCUUUCGUUUAGUCCACGCAGGUGUACGCACAUAAAGUAUGCGUUUUUAUAGCGAGUCUCAGCAAAGAUGCAAUGGCGGUCAAUAGUAGUCGGUCUGGUCCUGUUGAGACUGUCUGUCAGUUUAUGGCUCGCCUUCGGACUCGGAGCUUACGUUAGCUUGGGCACCAGCCACACCGACGGCGGCGCCGAGGAGCCCUCGACCGGGGAGAGGAAAGGGAACGACUCGUGGUCCAAACGGAUAAGCGGCUACAAACAUGAGGAGACCACCGGGACCUGUGCCGUUGUGGCGGGCGAGUCUCCGAAGAGGCCCUACAUGAGCUUCUUCGACGGCAACAAGGAUGAUUACGUCCGCAGAUACAGCUCCUUCCCGCGAACCCUGAAAAUCACCAUGAAGGAGAAGGCCAGAGAAAUGUUCUACUUCGGCUAUGACAACUACAUGAAAUAUGCGUUCCCCAAAGACGAACUCAACCCAAUUGACUGCGAGGGCAGGGGUCCUGACGUACACAACCCCUCUAACAUCAACAUCAAUGACGUCCUGGGAAACUACUCGCUGACGCUCAUUGAUGCCUUAGACACCCUACUGGUGCUUGGAAAUGUCACAGAGUUCCAGCGGGCCGUCCAGCUGGUUAUCGACACCGUAUCUUUUGACAAGGAUUCAACGGUGCAGGUUUUUGAGGCCAACAUCAGGAUUUUAGGCAGUCUCAUCUCGGCUCACAUUCUGCUCACCGACUCCAAGCAUCCAUUUGGAAGGGUGAAGUUUGAGGACUAUGACAACCAGCUGCUGCGUUUGGCACACGACCUGGCCGUGCGUCUGUUGCCCGCCUUUGAGAACACCAGCACAGGUAUCCCUUACCCCAGGGUGAAUCUAAAAUCCGGAGUCCCUUCCGGCAGUAUUAACGAGACGUGUACUGCAGGAGCUGGAUCGCUGCUUGUGGAGUUUGGAAUUCUGAGCCGGUUGACAGGAGAUUUCACAUUUGAAGCAAUGGCUCGACAAGCUGUCAGAGCCCUCUGGAAGCUGAGGAACAAUGAAACUGGUCUGCUAGGCAACAUUGUCAACAUCCAAACGGGCCACUGGGUGGGGAAGCAGAGCGGUCUGGGCGCGGGUAUGGACUCCUUCUAUGAGUAUCUGCUCAAGUCUUACAUCCUGUUCGGUGAGGAGGAGGACUACACCAUGUUUCAAGCCGCUUACGCGAGCAUCCAGAACCACCUGAGGCGAGGGCGAGAAUCAUGCAACGAAGGAGAAGGUGACCCGCCCAUGUACGUCAACGUCAACAUGAUGAGCGGCAAGAUCAUGAACACGUGGAUUGACUCCCUGCAGGCCUUCUUUCCCGGGCUGCAGGUGCUAAAUGGUGAUGUGGAAAACGCCAUUUGCCUCCAUGCUUUCUACUAUGCCAUCUGGAAGCGCUUUGGGGCUUUGCCAGAGAGGUACAACUGGCAGCGGCAAGCUCCCGAUGUCCUGUUUUACCCGCUCAGACCUGAGCUGGUGGAGUCCACCUAUUUGCUCUACCAGGCGACCAAAAAUCCUUUCUACUUACACGUUGGAAUGGACAUUCUUCAGAGCCUUGAAAAAAAUACCAAAGUCAGAUGCGGUUAUGCCACCCUCCAUCACGUUGUUCACAAAUCCAAAGAAGAUCGCAUGGAGAGUUUCUUCCUCAGCGAGACCUGCAAAUACCUUUAUCUGCUGUUUGAUGAGGACAACCCGCUUCACAAAUCGAGUAACAAAUACAUCUUCACCACCGAGGGUCACUUGAUGCCCGUCGACAAGCGUUUCCGGGAGAAAGGAUCGAGCGGCAAGUGUCCGCGUGAAGUCGACGAGCCGUUGCAGACGACGACAACUGAGCAACCCUCUCAGAACACCAGUAAUUGCAUCCGCAUUCCCGAGGCGCGACGCUAUACGCUGCCCUUGAAGAGCGUCUAUAUGAGGCAGAUCGAUCAAAUGGUAGGGCUGCUCUGAGUCCUAUUUGGCCAGGUGCACUAAAACUACCACGAGAAUGGAGAGCUUUCCACAGGAACAUGAUUUCAAAUUUUUUUCCUCGUUUCAGUCUGUCAGUCACUUAUGGAGUGUUUCGAGAGAGAGUGUGUGUGUGUGUGUGUGUGUGUGUGUGUGUGUGUGUGUGUGUGUGUGUGUGUGUGUGUGUGUGUGCGUGUGCGUGUGUGCGCACACCUCUUCUAACAUAUGAAGCAUUCAGUGCCUGUUUGGACUUUACCACAAGUGCUGUAUCCUCGUUUUAAAUUGUGCACGCUUCUGUUGUCGAGUCUUGCUUUUUCAUUUCUUGGGUAUAAUAAUGUACAGAAUCAAAUGCAAGCAUCUACAUUUUGACCACUGUUUUAGAAGUGCCUUCAGUCAUUUAUUUUUUUGUGUUAUUCCGCAAGAGACCAUCCACAGAUGUUUACAACUAAUUCAAGCCAUAGAUUUCUAUGUGAACAUUUUCUAACAUGCUUUUUUUUCUGAUUUCUGAGGCCUAUUGUAAUUGCUUCAUACCUGCUAUAAUUGUCUCAGGGUGUAAAGAAGAACAAAUUGAUGAACAAUCUCACAAAAUGAUGUCUUAGUUAUUGCCUCUAAGGCCAUAAGGUAUUAUUAUUUUUUUCUUUUUAAGUGGCACAUUUUCAUGUGUUUAUUUGCCAAGUAAACUUGCUGCACAGGAAUCAGA